AUGUCUUCAUCCCGUGGAAGCUGCCGCUGCGGCAACAUCAAGAUAUCGUUCACAGGAGACCCCAUAACCACAGCCGCUUGCCACUGCCUCGACUGCCGCAAAGUCUCGGGCAGCGUCUUUGGCGUGAGCAUCCUUGUCUCAGCCGCCGCCUUCACGUGUGACGAGGGCACACCGACAGACUACGCCAGCACAUCUGACAGCGGCAACGAGGUCGUCAACCACUUUUGCGGAACAUGCGGCGUCACGCUCUGGGCUGACGGGGCGUCGUCCCCGUUCAAGUUCGUCAAGGCCGGGGUUUUAGAUGACGCUGCCGCGCUAGAUCGAUUGAAGCCCGCUGCUGAGAUCUAUACCUGUCGACGUGCCGCGUGGUGCUCGGCUUUGGAGGGAGCCCAGCAGAAGGAAAAGAUGUAG